AUGCAGCAGGCCGUCCCUCUGACCUCCAGGCUUCCGAAGAUGUCGGCCUGCAACGAGUUCGUGGAACACAUUUGGAAACCCGGCUCCUGCAAGAACUGCUUCUGCCUGCAGAGCGCCCACCAGCCGUCCCCUGCCGUCCAGCCCGGGACCACCGGCCUUGCCCUCAGGCCCAGGAGGACCCCCCCAGAGGAGGAGGGCUUCCACCUGUCCCCCUGCUCCAAGCCCACCAUCGCGGUGAAGCCCACCAUGAUGAGCGCAGAGGGCCCCGACGUGGGCUCUGAAGCCCCCCAGGUGCUGUGGAGGCCCACGCCCAGCAAGCUGCCUCUCGCUGAGCCCCGAGACGCCCCGAGGACCUUCUCCGGCAGAGACCUCAGCCCGCGUGGCCCGGCCGCCAGCUCCCGGCUGGGCCUGCUGAGGCUGGCGAGGCUGGGGAGCAGAGACGCCCCCUCCCCAGACUCAGGGGGACAGGAGGACGGGGCCGGCCCCCCCUGUCAGGAGGCCUCGCUCCCCGCCCAGCAGAGCUUCCACCAGAAAUUGGCCGCCUUCCUAGAGAGAGCCGGGGGCAGCGCCACCCCCCAGAGCAGCGUCGUGCCCGCCGCCCCGAGGGGCCCGGAGCGGCCAGCCUCGCCCGAGAGAGACCCCGAGGGGGGCGAAUACUGCUCCAUCGCCGACUGGCGUCCUGCCGGCACGUCGCCACCGGCAGCAGGGCCGGGCCCCGGGCACGGGGAGGGCACAGACCGGGCCGUCUGUGCCCAUGAGGAGGGCUGGGGCCCCAGCUUGAGGAGGGGACACGGCUGCCAGGACCGGCCAGAGAACCUCCACCCUUUGUCCUCGGCCCAGAGGAAGCUGCCCCGGGCCUUGGAGGCGGCCAGCCUGUCUGACGGCCCGUCCAGCCCCGCCGCUGCGUACGUGGACGGUGACUACUGCUCCCUCUCAAGGCAGCCCGAGCUGAGGUGGCCCCGUGGCCCGGGCCCAAAUGGGGGGAGCCCCGGCAGAUCCCCAGGGUCCCCAACCCAGCCCUCUGAAGGCAGCCCACCAGAGCCCAUCUACGCCGAGGUCACCAAGAGGAAGAAACCGUACUCGGCAUCCUCCGACCAGCAAACUGGACACGGCCCAGACCCGGAGGGUGACCUCUGGGGCCAGGGGAGGGCCGGGCCUGACACAGUGACCGUCAUGGCUGCCCUCCCAGAGGAUGACCAACGCACCAUCUGUGUGCGCAGUCCUGACUCGGCAGUGGCUGUGCGGUGGCCCUGCGAGCGUGUGGGGCCGGGCCUGGAGGACACCCCUGCGCACACCAUGGAGCUACAGCCGCCUCACCACCACCUGCCCGGCCCGAGGGCUGAGGAUGCAGAAAGAAGAUGCCCCGCUAUCCCCCCCAAAGUCUGCAAGGGGAGCCCUGGAGGGGGCUGUGGCUCCCCAGAAGGCUCUCCUCUAGCCCAGGUCAAGGAUGGGCACCAGGACCAGCCAGCCGUCCCAGGGCCCGCAGAUGUCUCUGCCUCGCUCUCUUCUCCUGGUACCAGGGACCUCAUUCGGUGCCUGAUGCCAGGCCAGGCUUCCUCUUGGGACCAAAGAAGGCCCCGCUUUCAGGUGGGAGCCAGGACCUACCAGGGCAGGAUCGAGGAGGAGGAAGAGGAGGAGGAAGAGCAGCAGCUGGACUCGGGACCAUCCAGCCCAGGAAUGGCCAGGGAGAUGGACACAGCCAGCCACAGCCAGCGCCCCCGGGCAGAGAGUAUCUCUGAGCAGCCCAGCCGAGGGGACCGAGGAGCUGGCCUGGGCAUGAGUAAGUCAGCCUCCUUCGCCUUCGAGUUCCCCAAGGACAGGAGCGAAGCGGAGAAGUUCUCCCCUCCUCCCCCUCCUCCAAAAUCAAGGCAUCUCCUCAGAAUGAACAAAAGCAGCCCUGACCUGGAACAGGCCAGCCACGGCGGGGCGGAAAGCCUCGGCCCCCCCAGGUUCGGCGGACUCCGGGCUCACUUCAUCGCCGGCUCCACGGACAGCCUGACGUCCGACUCGCAGAGCUGCAGUGAGGGAGGGCUUUCCUUUGAGCCAGCCUGCUGCCCUUCCCCCUUCGCUCCAGUGGCUCCCCCCGUGCACCCCGAGGAGGAUGAGCCCCCCCGUGGGCCCCUGCAGCCCCCUCCUCUGCCCCAGAAGAAGACAGUCAGCCGGGCCGCCUCCUCUCCCGACGGUCUCUUUUUGGCGCAGGGCUCCCCGCUCCGCCGGACCACAAGCCCCAGGCUGAACCCCAGCCACUCCGAAACGAGCAUCUGCUUCCCCGAAGACUCUCGCUUCGCAGGGCCCGGGCUGGGGGGCUGCCCGAGGGGCCCCGAGGCCCAGCUCCCAGGGCCCCAGGGCUUCUCCCCGGCCUCCUCUCAGCUGAGCGUGUCCAGCCAGGCGUCCGCCUCCAGCUGCCCUCAGCAGCAGCCCAGCCUCCUGGCCAGCAUCACCAGCAAAGAGGCCACCUACGCCAAGCUGGGCGGCCUCUACACCCAGUCCCUGCUGCGCCUGGCUGCCAGGUGCGAGCGCCACUUCAUGGGCGGCCACGGGUCCGAGCCGCCGCGCUUCAGCGAGAACAGCUGGUCUCUCUUCAAGCUGACGUGCAACCAGCCCUGCUGCAGCUCUGGGGAUGCCGUCUACUACUGUGCCACCUGCUCCCAGGACCCCUCCCGCGCCUACGCCGUCAAGAUCUGCAAGAUGCCCGUGUCCAAGGGGGCUCCUUACAGCGAUGAUCUACGUGUGCCCGUUCACUUCAACCUGCAGCAGGACUGUGGCCACUUCGUGGCCUCGGUGCCCUCUAGCAUGCUGCCGUGUGCAGGGGAGCCCCAGGACCAGGACUGCGUGGUGGUGAUCACCCGCGAGGUGCCCCACCAGACGGCCGCGGACUUCGUGAGGGACUCGGCCUCCCGCCACUGGGCCGAGCCAGAGGCCUACGAGCGGCGGGUGUGCCUGCUGCUGCUGCAGCUGUGCCAAGGGCUGGAGAGCCUCAAGGAGCACAGCAUCACGCACCGGGCCCUCUGCCUGGAGAACCUGCUGCUGGCGCCUUGCCCGGGGACCUCCCCGGGGGACCAGUCUCUGCCCCGACUGCUCAUCAGCAACUUCCUCCAGGCCAAGCAGCAGCCCCGGGGUGGCGGCGGGGCAGACGAGCAGCAGAGGAGGACCCAGGCGCGCCUGGCCCCCGAGAUCGUGGCUGCUGCCCAGUACAAGAAGUUUGACGAGUUCCAGACGGGCAUCCUCAUCUACGAGCUCCUGCACCAACCCAACCCUUUUGAGGAACAGGCCCAGCUGCAGCGGCAGGACUACCAGGCCGAGGACCUGCCCCCCGUGCCCACUCUGUCCCUCUACUCGGCCGGCCUGCAGCGGCUGGCCCAGCGGCUUCUAGAGGCCGACCCCAUCAAGCGGCUGCACAUCGCCGAGGCCAAGCGGGCGCUGCAGUGCCUGCUGUGGGGGCCGCGGCGGGAGCUGCUGCAGGGCCAGCUGCAGAACUGGCUACACAUGAAGAGGGCCCUGCUCUUGAUGAAGCUGGCCGAGAAGGCCCUGGACGAGCAGGCCACCAUCGAGCUGGAGGACUGGCUGUGCUGCCAGUACCUGGCCUCCUCGGAACCCGGGGCCCUGCAGCAGACGCUGAGGCUGCUGCAGCCCCUGUGACCGCCCGUCCCCACACAGCCGCCGUGGCAAAGGCAGCGUGGGCCCAAGUGCACACCCACCGGGGCAGAAGGGACCUCCUGAGCGACCCAACUCCUUCUUUGGAUUGUGUGGUUGUUUUUUUUAAUGGAACUUGUAUUUCAUUCUACCUUUUCAAAUGAACGAGCCUUUGUUUUCAUCUGCCUCCUUAGUCCAAU